AGAGCUUCCAGAUUAAGACAGACUAGGAAGAAGGACUGGGUCAGCCACCUCCAAAAGACUUGGCCAUGAAAACCCUGUGAAUAGCAGCAGUAGCGGAAGGUGAGAGGAUGGUGCACAAAUCCAGGCAGGGUUCCGCUCUGCUGUCCACAGGGUUGCUAGGAGUCAGAAUCCUCUGGAGGGCACUAAACAGAAUCAGGUUUACGGGUCUCCCAGGGGAAAGCCCCAGGGAUCCACUACAGUCACCACCUCCCAGCUCUUAGGCUGUGGAGGGGCGUUUCCUGUUGGUCCAAAGGCCAAGCAGUGUACUUGCUGGUCAGCCCUCGGACUUCUCAGGGCUGUCCUGCUACCUGGCCUCAGAAAAUCCAAUUCUCUGGGGGUUCUCCCCUCCCCCGAAAUCCAAAUACAUAUUCCCUUCUAAACAAAUAUUUUUAGCAUCCAUCUCACACUGAUUCCUUGGGCUGAUUCUUAUGUGAAAACAGGUUUCCCUGCCUGUUUCUACCCAACACCCGGCUGGCUUCAUACUCCCUAAGCCACGACGGAGUCCCCAGAAGGCUCGAUGCCUUGGCAUGUGCUUUUACCUCUGCCUGGAUGCCUUUUUUUUUCCUUAUCCACUGGGGUAACUCCCACUCAUAUUUCAAAAUUUAGCUCAAGCAACACCUUUUUUUUUUUAAUCCUACACUUAUGCCCCCUACGCAUACACAUACUCACACUGCAUUCUCACAGGCUGAGUGAGGUUCCGUUUGUUCAUUCUACCAGCAGUUAUUCAGUGCCUGAUUUGUGCCUUUACACAGUAGCCCGCAUUCAGCAAAUAUUUGUACAAUCAACAAACAAGUCAAGUCGAGACGGUUACAGUGUAAUAGCUGCAUCAAAUGGGACUGAAUCGGCGCUUCCGGGGCCCAGAGCAGAGAACAGGGGCGCUUCUCCAUCUUGCUGAAAAGCUCUGCUUGCUCAGUGCGAUCACACCAGCUGAUCACUGGUGGUGUGAUGUUCCUUAACCAUCGCUCUGCUUCUGUGGGAAGUCGGCGCUGUAGCUUUUCAUGAAGACUCAUCCCAGGGCCUCUGAGGCUAAAGAUCAGACCAUAGUUUUGUCUUCAUGUAGAUUUGAGCUUCGUGAGCUUCCAGGAAAUAUUAAACAACAGCAGCACCUUCCUCACGCCUCAAUCUCUUGAGCUGACUCCGGGAAGACGGUUUUCCUCAGUCUUUAGUAGCCCUUCUGCUCCUUGGAAACCCCAGAAGAGCUCUGUGCAGUUGGGGUGACUAUGUCUUUCUGGGCUGACAGAAGCCGGUGCUGCUGUGCUGGAUAAAUGGGAGAAUGGAGGAAGACAGGGAGGCACCAGGUAGACCCCUUCAGGGUCUGUAGACAUAAAAGCGAAAAGGAGUCUGUGGGCUACGGCCAGACAACGGAACUGACGGGGAACAGGCUCCACGAGCACUGCGGUGUGGAACUGGAGUCUUGAAGGACACCCAGGCCCUGGAGAACAGCUAGACCAUUUCCGGCUUGAAUUUCUCAAAGACCAGCAGAGGGUCAAAGAGGAUCAGCCUCUCGUAUAGAGAAAGGUAUAUUAGUAGCUGUCCAUCUCUGCUAGACCUUCCAACCACACAGACUCUAAGAGAAGCUUGAGAAUUCUGUUCUUGCAUCACUCCAGUCAAGGAGAAAGCUUACCUUAUACCCCACAAUGCUGUCCUUGUCUUUUAGAGAGCCAUGGGGGUGUUGAUGUCCAAGCGGCAGACAGUGGAGCAGGUGCAGAAGGUGAGCCUGGCUGUGUCUGCCUUCAAGGAUGGGCUGCGAGACAGGUCUUCCAUCCGACACACAGGUGAGCUUCCAGGGUCCCGCUGUGGCACUGUAGAGGGCUCCGUCCAGGAGGUACAGGAGGAGAAAGAAGCAGAGGCAAGCACCCCAGUGCUCCAAGAAGAGAGCAGUGUCAACCGUGCUGCCUGGGAGAGGCUCCGAGAUGGGCGUGGAGUGGAGCCUGAGGAGUUUGACAGGACCAGUCGUUUCACACCCCCUGCCUUCAUCCGCCCCACCCGGAAGCUGGAUGAUGACAAGCCUCCAGAGAUCCACUUGGAGCCCAGAGAGCCUGUUGUCAACGAUGAGAUGUGUGAUGUCUGUGAGGUCUGGACGGCCGAGAGCCUCUUCCCAUGCAGGGUCUGCACCAGGGUUUUCCACGAUGGCUGCCUGCGCCGCAUGGGCUACAUCCAGGGAGACAGUGCAGCGGAGGUGACCGAGAUGGCCCGCACGGAAACAGGCUGGAGCUGCCACUACUGUGACAACCUCAACUUGCUGCUAACUGACGAGGAAAUGUAUAGCCUCACAGAGACCUUUCAGCAGUGUAAAGUCAUCCCUGAUUGCUCCCUGACCCUGGAGGACUUUCUGCGCUAUCACCACCAAGCAGCGAAGCGGGGGGACAGUGACCGGGCUCUGAGCGAGGAGCAAGAGGAGCAGGCAGCCCGCCAGUUUGCAGCCCUGGACCCUGAACAUCGAGGACACAUAGAGUGGCCUGACUUCUUGUCCCAUGAGUCCCUCCUACUUCUGCAGCAGUUGCGUCCCCAGAACUCUCUGUUAAGGCUUCUGACAGUCAAGGAGCGGGAGCGAGCCCGAGCCACCUUCCUAGCAUGCAGCAGCGGGGGCACUGUCAGUGAGGCUGAGUGCCGCCGCGCCCAGCACUCUUGGUUCUGCAAACGCCUUGCAGAGGCUCCUUCCUGCAGUGUCAGCAUCAGUCAUGUGGGUCCCAUAGCAGACAGCAGCCCAACCAGGAGCAGCAGAAAGAGUCAGGACAAGGUCCUCCUGCCCACAGACCAUGAGUCCAGAUUUGUGGACUGGCCUACCUUUCUGCAGGAGAAUGUCGUCUACAUCUUGGCUGCUCGCCCCAACAGCGCAGCCAUUCAUCUGAAACCCCCAGGAUAGCAUGGAGCAAGAAGCUCAGUUUGGGGACAGUGGCGUUCUCUCCCUCCUUUCCUUUCCCCCUUUCCCUGACCACCCUCUGGUACUGAAACUUAAGGGGAUGGAGCACUGCCUGCAUCUCAGUUUGUCACUAAGCUUUAUGGCACUGAAAUCACCAUUCCACUCACAACAGAGGCAGUAAAUGCACUGCCACAGGGAGAAGCCCUGCUGAGUGCUGUGGCUGCAUCCACUUCCUGGACCACCCCACUGCCCUCGCAUCACAGACUGAACCUGCCACUGUACACAUAUAUGCGUGCACGCACACGUACACACAUGCCUAACUGUCCAUACCUUCAGUGGCCUGGUUCUUUUUGGUUGAAAAAGGACCACAGUUCCUUUGUGAAGCCCCUGGUAUAAAUAAGGGGUCUCUACUUACCCCUUUUAUUGGCCAGUUCUGAUUUCUAAUAGAUAAGUCUCUGGCCAGGUGAUUCUUAAGGGGGCGUGUCAGACUCACAUGUUCUCAUCUACUGAAAACCCCUCCUGUGGUGAGCUGCUGUUCUGGUGGGUGUAUGCUGUGUCCUUAGCUCUGUUGGGGUGGGAAAAUGGUUGAAAACUACCAGCGCACUUCAGUCCUUUUUUUUUUUUAAAGAUUGGCACCUGAGCUAACAACUAUUGCCAAUCUUUUUUUUUCCUGAGGGAUGCCACCUCAGUGUGGCCUGAUGAGCAGUGCCAUGUCCACACCCAGCACCUGAACCGGCGAAGCCCUGGGCUGCCGAAGCAGAGCGUGCGAACUUAACCACUUGGCCAUGGGGCCGGCCCCACAGUCCAUUACUUAAAUUGCAAUUCCUGGUGACAGAGAAGGCAACUAGUCUGUGGAGUCCUAAUCAGAACAGGGAGAGGCAGCCUCUCCCAGGGACCCAGCAUUCUAGGAACCUCUCAGCCAGGUUAUUUAACUCCAGAUGUCUUUAGCAGAACAGUCACAAACCAAGGUGAGCCAUCCUGGCCCCUGUUUUUCAGAUGGGAGUUCAUGGCCCAGAGCCCAGGGGGCCUGAAUGGAACAAGUAUGACAGGAGCCACAGCCCUCUGUGUUAGAUGCUUCACCCACGUCAGCUACCACAGAGACCCCAAGCCUGAGCUCCAACGAGGACAAGGUCUGGAUGGAAGAGGGGAGGAGACAGCUCAUGUUUUUCCAUCCUUCCAGCUCAAGUCAACCACAGCCAGAAAAGUGUGCUGUUGUAUGGAGAGCAGAGCCAGCCUCUUCCACGGCCCAAGAAAGAGCAGCUCCACAGAAGCCCUGAGCAGGGACUCCUUUCAGCCACCCUGACAAUGAGGAUAAGAGGCUGGAGCUAAGAAGAGGCUUUGCAUCUCUCUUGAGCAGAGAAAGUCUCAGCAAAACCUCAGGGAAGGAGGAGGCUUUCCCUUCUCCCUGUCACUGAGAUAUGGCCUGAGUUGCUGCUGCUCUCCACUGCUCACUACAUGUCCUUCCCCACCAGCCUAGGGCCUGGGCCUGGCAUGAGAGGACUUAGGGGGCAGGCAGAGGCUGCCACAAGGCCACCAAGCCAGACCUCCAAGCCCCAGCUGUCCUUCCUAAGUUCUCAUCAAGUUCUCAAGUCAGUGCAUGUUGUGGGCCAGCCCUGGCCCUGGGGGUCAGGUUUCUGUUUCCAACCUGAUGACUUAGGUUUAGCCAGAUCUGACUGCCAAGAGUUAUUUGACAGGGUUGGCUCAGUCACGCAGAAGCUAACAUAUCCCUAUUGCCCAAGGCACUUGUACUAAAUUGGAUGCUUGCAGAAGCAGCAGCAUAGUGCUCAGUGUUGAGAUGCUCAGAGGAAAGAGGGCAGCUGCUACCAGGGGCAUGGUAAAAGCACUAUAUGGUCUCAUCCUGCAGAAACUGCCCAACCUAGAAACAGAGUGAGAAGCUUCUGGGGUUGGAUUAUUUAGGACUGAAAUGAAGCAGACAAGGUGAAUCUGGGUUCAUGUAUAUGGCCCUGAACAUUUCAAAACCCACAGCUUUUUGUAAAUACUACUUGGCUGUACUCCCAAGACUGAUCAGUAGACCGGGCCAUUAUUCAGUCCAACCAAAAAAAAAAAAAAGGAGAAAGCACGUGGCUCAGGCCCAAGGACUGUGUCUGAGGCAGCGGGGCCUGGGACUGUGCGCUGAGAAGAUUAAAGCACAGUAGCACAGGGGCUCUUGCCUGCUCUCCUGGCAAAUCGCCUUCUAUGCCCAUGGCCUUGGGCUGUUUGAUCUCAUAAACUGGGCAUUUUCAGUAGAGACAAGCUCUGUACUUUGACAGCUGAACAACUUUUUUUCUCCUGCCUUGUCAUUAGUCGCAGGGACUGGGAGUUCACCUUAUUCCCUGAUCCUUCACAGAUCAAGGUGAUGCCUACCUCUCUGGAGCUGCAGCUUCUAGCUUUCUGUGAGUAAGAGAAAGACCAUGAGCCAGGUCAGGCCAGCUAUAUCCCAGGGCCUGGCAAAGCAGGCCCCAGAGUUCUUCCACAACAGGAUCAGGCCUACUUGGGAUGACCCCUCUCCCUAUUCCACGACAGCAAGCUUCCUUGGUUGGGGCGUGCUUCAGAGGGCCCAGGGGACACUGCUCCCAGGAAAGGGUAGCAUUCCCAGUCCACCGGAGUCCUAGGAAGCAGAAAAGCACAGCGAAGCAACCAGCCUCUUCUGUGUAGGCAUCUAGCUUUUUACCAAAGGAGAGUCUCCAUUGUUCCACCAGUCAAGAGUUACAGAAGCCCCUCCCCAGCCCCUUGUCCAGGCUUUUCCUUUGCAGUGUCCUCAUUCCUGGAGCCCCUUUGCAGUAUGUGUGGAGACAUUCAAACUUUUAUAAACCUAGUGAAGCCUGUUCCCUUUCUUUCUCAAGCUCUUCCAUCACUGUGACUGUCUGAAAUUAUGCCAAGUGCAAAAAUUAGUGUCUGGCUCUGAUAAGGAUAUGAGAAAAUGUUUCAGUCUUUUUUUCUUGGCUGCCCAAAAUUGAGAUCAAUGCUUUUCCCCAGUACUACCCACCCCACCUCCCAGCCAAGGGAGGCUGGAGUUACAUAUGUGCUUCUCUGAAGACCACAUGCCCUAAGCCUGUUUUUCACCCAGCAGUCCCCUUUCCUAUGCUCAGAUUUAAAGACAGGGCAUCUGGAUGACACAGUGGAGCUGCAGAGACGGAGGGUCAGCUGAGGCAGCGGCUAUGGCCGUGUAACUUCUGCAGGUCUGCUGCAUGACUGCCUCUCCCACAACCAGCCUUCCCCAACAGAUGCAGGCUCUGCACUUUUGAGCACUCGCCCCUUUGGAUCCCAGUGAUGGAGUGGUUCCCUUGUGCCUAGGUAUUGACCCAUUCUCAAGUGCUCCUCUUCCUUUGAGGACAGCCAUGGCCGAAGCCAUGAGCACAAUGCUUCUUCCUGCCCUCAGCCCGAGUAACUGGGGCUACAGGACAGACACUGGCCUUUCUUGCCCCGGUGUUCUCUAGGGAAUGUCACCCUGGCCUUUUCGAGUGGCUACAUCUGGGGCUCCCCUCAUUCCUAUCCAAUAUGGGAAGUGCAAAAUCAAACUGCCUGGGAAGAGGGCCCCUCACUGGGGGCUGAGCCCAGGAUUGUGCAUAGGCCUCUUAGCCCAAAGCACAACCUCAACCGUUGACUGUUGCAGGUCUCAUGGCUUCAGUAAGAGUAGUGCCAGAAAGCCCUAAAGCCAAGAGGGAAGCUGGGCAGAAGCUGUCUGGCAGGGCCCCAGGGCAGCCAGGACCACCAGAGAGUCCAAAGUAACCUCCAGGCAGGAUUGGUAGCAGGCUGUAGUGAUCCUCCAAACCAGCAGAGUAAAGGCAGAUGUAUACUUGGCACUAAAAGGCAGAAUGACCUUAAUGCCAGAAUUUCAGGACAUCCUGGCAGCAACUGUAACCAUAACCCCUUUUAUUCCUCUAUUUACAGUGGAAUAAAAUUGCUACUUUCUCCAUGCCACUUAGUUAGAAUUUGCCCAGGAUGUCUCUCUGGGGCCCUGGUUGCAGCCCAGACAACAGAGAUCUUCUUGAGCGGAGGAUGUUAAUGCUUGAUGCCCAUUCCCAACAGCUCAGUCCUGGAGUCGCAUAGAACUGGACAGUUUCCCUGCUGUUGCUUUCCCGCUACCACUGCUUUUGACAAACUUGAAAGAAACAGGUUAUAGAAUUUCCACUAGACCCAACUAGCAUCAAGGAAAACCUUCCCUCUUGGCCACAUGCCCCAGUGAUCCAAGUUACAGAGAAGGUGUCAGAUCUGGUCUGGGCCAGCGCCUAGAAACCCAAUUACAUUCCAGUUUGAAUAGCAUGGGUUGGCAUGACCACAGAUAAGAGCAUCAGGGUAUAAGUAGCAAGGCCUUUCCAUAUCCAUGGUAAACAAAGACCUCCAAGCUUAGCCUCCUUUAACAGAUGGCCUAAGAUCUGUCUCCUAGCCCAAAACAGGUUUGGGGGAAGCCUGAGAGCACUCAAGUAACAGUAGAGGGUCCAGUGCCGUCUAGUCCCUCCUGCCCUUCCUAUGUGCUUUUCUGCAGAAGGUAACUUGACAGUAAGCUGAGGGGAACAUCCCCAAGCCCUGUCUUCCCAUCACUACAGCUGCAUGUUCCUCCCCAUGGCUCAGCCUUCACUCCAGAAGGCGCUGGGUACAGUGGAAAUCAUAAUAAACAGAUUGUGAUGUUACUUCAA